AGUACAGCUGUUCAACUCACAAUGACCGAUUGACCAACAAUUUCUAGCUCUGUAUCGAAACAGAUGACCCGGCGAAAGUGUUAAUCAGCGGGCCAUGUUACGGCAUUAAACGCUAGGGGCGUGCUAGGGCCGCCUUCUCUGCUUUGGAAACCUUGCUUGCUGCUGUUGCCAUGGGAACGAUAAACAGUGUUAGCCAGAUUGGCACGUUCCACUGGGAAGAAGCCGGUAACUUGGUGGUACAGAAAACCUGUGGCACUGCCUGAGGGGCGGCACCCUGACUGUAAGGGAAAUACACUGCAGGGGCAUACAAGCAUUAAAUAUACAGAUCUACAGCUGACGUCCAUUGGCUGUGCAAGAUGAUCGAGACCGUUAUCAAUGUAAAAGGUUUGGUGCCCCCACCCUUACCAGUGGGGCAAAAGAACCCAGCUGCCGACCUCAGAAGAAUGCGCAGAAUUAUUGCGGAAGAUCCAACAUGGUCACUAGCCAUUGUUCCUCGGCUCAGUGACCUCUGCUUGCAACACAUCAUCAAGAACUUUGCACAGAAACCCAUACUUGAGAAGCUGUUGCCUAAGCAUAGAGUGAAGGUGUUGGAGCGCAUCUCCACCUCGCUACCCCUGCAGUUGACGGCCAACCUGAUUGGUUAUGAGAACUAUUGGAGGCGUUGCUGCACUGAGCGCUGGCCGGUGUGUGAUGUCUCUCGCUAUGGAGGCAGUUGGAAGAGAUUAUUCUUUGAGAGGAACCUAGAAUAUCUCAUUGAGCACUUCAUUCCCGACGUGUCUGAUACAGGUCCAAUACUGGAGACUGCAAAGCUAAGCAAGGACUUUGUGAAUAAGCUGGAUAUUAAGGAACUUUUGCCACCAGUGAAGCUGGACACAAAAAAGGACGAUGAGGAAGAUGAGGUUUCAGACACAGGGAGUGAGGCUGGCAUAGAUCUGCCAUCGAUGGACCACUUUGAUUUGGGGCUAAUUGCCCCUCUCCUGCCUGAUCUGGAGGAGCUCCAUCUGGUGUAUGGAGUGAGGAACUGCGGCAUGAAUUUUGAGUGGAACCUCUUCCGCUUUACAGAUCGAGACUGUAACUCACUUGCCCAGACACUCAAGGUGUUCAGGAAUUUAAAGGUUUUCCGACUGCACAAGAGUAAACUGGAUGAUGACAAGGCUCGUAUUGUAGUCAGAAGUUUGUUGAAUCAUCCAGCCCUUGUCCAUUUGGACAUGUCUCACAACCAGAUCUCAGACCGCGGUGCUAGAGCCAUUGCUAAAUUGCUGAAUGAGAGCAGACUGCAGAUCCUCAACCUGAGCAAUAACAACGUAGGACCUCAUGGAGCUAAAGCUAUCGCUCAUGCUCUGGCGAGGAACUCCAUCCUCAGGAACCUCAACUUGAGGCUGAACCACAUUGGAAAUGAAGGUGGACAAAUCCUGUGUAAUGCCCUCCUGCACAAUCUAACCCUAGAAGAACUGCAUUUGGGCAGCAAUGAACUGUCUGAGCCGACUGCCUCUGCCUUGUCCCAAGUCCUGUCUCAGAAUGGCUCACUGAAGUGCCUGAGUCUCUCCUGCAAUCGGAUUGGCCUGGAUGGGGGAAAGCAGCUCCUGGAAGGAUUGUCGGACAACAAAACACUGCUGGAAUUUGAUCUGCGCUUAACUGAGGUGGGACAGGAGAGUGAGUUUUUUAUCAAUCAGGUCCUAAAGCAUAACCAGGAGCGUGCCCGGCAGGGUGAGCACGACACCUCUUCCUAAAACACUUGUAGACUGAAAUCCAAGCUCCCCCCAUACAUUCAAUCCUUGUCAGUUUAAGUGUUUUCAAUAAAUGCAAUUGUAAUAUC